CUGUUCAUCUUUGACGGCCUGGAUGAAAGCAGACUUUCACUGGAUUUCAACAACAGUGAGGUCGUGUCUGAUGUCACACAGAAGUCAUCAGUCAGCGUGCUGCUGACAAACCUCAUCAAGGGGAAGCUGCUUCCCUCGGCUCUCGUCUGGAUAACUUCCCGACCUGCAGCAGCCAAUCAGAUCCCUCCUUCAUGUGUGGACAGGGUAACAGAAGUACGAGGCUUCACUGACCCCCAGAAGGAGGAGUACUUCAGGAGGAGAUUCAGUGAUGAAGAGCAGUCCAGCACAAUCAUCUCACACAUCAAGACAUCCAGGAGCCUCCACAUCAUGUGUCACAUCCCAGUCUUCUGCUGGAUCACUGCUACAGUUCUGGACCACAUGUUGACUACAGACCAGAGAGGAGAGCUGCCCGAGACCCUGACUGACAUGUACUCACACUUCCUGCUGGUUCAGACAAAGAGGAAGAAGAACAAGUAUGAUGAGGGACAUGAGACGAGUCCACAGGAGCUGACGGAGGCUGACAGGAACCUUCUUCUGAAGCUGGGGAGGCUGGCGUUUGAACAACUGGAGAAAGGAAACAUCAUGUUCUACCAAGAAGACCUGGAGCAGUGUGGUCUUGAUGUCACAGAGGCCUCGGUGUUAUCAGGAGUUUGUACAGAGAUCUUCAAAAGAGAGAGUGUGAUCUUCCAGAAACCAGUCUACAGCUUUGUUCAUCUGAGCGUUCAGGAGUUUCUGGCUGCAGUCUACAUGUACCACUGUUACACCAGAAGGAAGACAGAGGUACUGAAGGACUUCCUGGGAGGAUACUACUGGUACUCAUCUCUGGAUCACUUCCUGAAGGCAGCCAUGGAGAAAUCUCUCCAAAGUAAAAAUGGCCACCUGGACCUGUUUGUCCGCUUCCUUCAUGGCCUCUCUCUGGAGUCCAACCAGAGUCUCUUAGGAGGCCUGCUGGGUCAGACACACAACAGUCCAGAAACCAUCCAGAGAGUCAUCAACAACCUGAAGGUGAUGAACAGUAAGCGUAUCUCUCCUGACAGAAGCAUCAACAUCUUCCACUGUCUGAUGGAGAUGAACGACCUCUCAGUACAUCAGGAGAUCCAAGAGUUCCUGAAGUCAGAGAACAGAUCAGAGAAGAAACUCUCUGAGAUCCACUGCUCAGCUCUGUCCUACAUGCUGCAGAUGUCAGAGGAGCCUCUGGAUGAGUUGGACCUGAAGAAGUACAACACAUCAUGGGAGGGACGACUGAGACUGAUCCCAGCUGUGAGGAACUGCAGAAAGGCUCUACUUACUGCCUGUGAACUCUCAGACACUGACUGUGAAGUUGUGACCUCAGCUGUGAAGUCCAACCCUCAUCUGACAGAGCUGCACUUGAGACUCUACAUCCUACGUGGUGAAGACGAGCUGCUGAAGUUCAAACUGAGCAUCAGAACGAAGAAGAACGUUGGUUUAAGAGACUGUGAACGUGAUCUAGAACCAUCUCAGGGUUUACAGAGGAUGCUCCCAAAAAGAGGAAAAUGCCUUGUUGAUGCCAGAGGUCAGAGGUCAGAGGUCAGACUGGUUGGAGAUGAUAGAAAGGAAACAGUCCCUCAAAUAACUCCUCAUUACAACCGAGGUCUGCAGAAGACCGUCUCUGAAGGCUCAACACGUGGAAGCUUGAAGCAGACGGGAUCCAGCAGCAGGAGACCAGACCGGGUUCCUCUCAGCUCAGAACAGGAAACUGAAGAUCACCAAAACUGGACGAUAGAAGACUGGAAGAACAUCGGCGGGUCUGAUGAGUCUCUGCUGCCACAUUCAGACGGUCGGACCCUCUCAGACCGGUUUCUGGAACAUGACGAUGAGUUCACUGGACUCAAAGAUCUCAGUCUAACAGAGCAGCUUUGGGAUGAGGUGGAACAGGAGAUUGUCAUCAUGGAUCUGCAGCAGCUGUGUGAUGUCAUCAUGUUAAUAUGA